ACGGACACACAGAAGGAAAGCGCCUUUGUUUUUCACUCCCUUUGCCUUCUGUGCCGCGGGGCUCGUGCUUUGGCCCGGUGUUGCACCUUGUGCCCGAAGUAAGGGACUCAAAGGCUUGUCACGGUGCAGCAACACGACCACCUGUGAGGAGCAUGCGCCCAACGCAGGAUACACUUUAAUGAAAUCCCAGGAAAUGGACUAGGACUAUCUGAACCAUUUUCUUUGAACUGAUUGAUGGGUCGUUUUACUGAAGAAAUUCCCCAGUAAACGUGGGGAGACUUUCAGCUAACUUCUUUUGAACUUGGAAAUUGCUAUGGAACAAAACGCCAGUCUGGAGGGACCCCAGCCAGAGAAUCAUGAGGACAGCAAAAGCAACACAAGACCCUUGUCCAGCGGAGCUGUCCCUGUCAAGGGGGAAAUAAAGAAACAUGCCGUUACAGAUGACUACAAAAUCUCUAAGCGAGUGCUGGGUUUAGGCAUUAAUGGCAAAGUGUUGGAGUGCUUUCACAAGGAAAAAGGACAGAAAUGUGCUUUGAAGCUCUUGUAUGACAGUCCGAAAGCACGACAGGAGGUGGAUCAUCACUGGCGGGCUUCAGGCUGUCCACACAUUGUCCAUAUCCUGGAUGUUUAUGAGAAUAUACACCAUGGGAAGAGAUGUCUCCUAAUCAUCAUGGAAUGCAUGGAAGGAGGAGAGCUGUUCAGCAGGAUCCAAGAGCGUGGAGACCAAGCUUUCACAGAAAAAGAGGCCUCUGAAAUCAUGAGAGACAUUGGAACAGCCAUCCAGCAUCUACAUGCAGUGAACAUUGCCCAUAGAGAUGUUAAGCCAGAAAACCUCCUCUAUACAUCCAAAGGGAAGGAUGCGGUGCUCAAGCUGACAGACUUUGGGUUUGCCAAAGAGACAACCAUACAGAAUGCACUGCAGACCCCCUGUUAUACCCCUUAUUACGUAGCCCCAGAAGUUCUUGGUCCUGAGAAGUAUGACAAAUCCUGCGACAUGUGGUCUCUCGGUGUCAUCAUGUACAUUCUCUUGUGUGGGUUCCCUCCAUUCUACUCCAACACUGGCCAAGCUAUUUCCCCAGGAAUGAAGAGAAGAAUUCGGAUGGGACAGUAUGGAUUUCCGAAUCCCGAAUGGUCAGAUGUAUCUGACGAAGCUAAGCAGCUAAUUCGUCUAUUGUUGAAGACAGAUCCAACUGAGCGGAUGACAAUUUCUCAGUUUAUGAAUCACCCCUGGAUUAAUCAAUCCAUGGUGGUGCCACCGACCCCUCUUCACACUGCCCGGGUUCUACAGGAGGAUAAAGAUCACUGGGAUGAAGUGAAGGAGGAGAUGACCAGCGCUUUGGCUACUAUGAGAGUGGACUACGACCAGGUAAAAAUCAAAGAUUUGAAAACAUCCAACAACCGUCUCCUCAACAAACGACGCAAGAAACAAAAGCAAGGAGGUACCUCUUCAUCGUCUCCUGGAUGUAAUAACCAGUAAAGAGAAGAGGAAAUGAUGAAUAACAAAAGGAAGAACCAGUCCAACUGGUUUCAGUUUAUCUUGCUACCAAAAAAAAAAUCACUGAAAUAUCGAAAUGUGCAUGUCCUGGAAGAGAUGGUCAACUGUGACAUUCAAUAUAUGACGUUCUGGAACUUUUAUUGGGAUAUUGAGUUCUUUUUCCAAAAUGGACAUAGUUUUUUAAUGUUCUUUUACUUUAUAGUGAAUAAUGUUGUUUUACAUUAUAAUAAAGAAUCUGCCUAAGA